CAGACGACCACAGCUCGCUUUGAAUGAGAAAGUAAACGUGUGUGUGCGCUGAUUUCUCCCCACGAAACGGAGUAAACUAUCACUGAGACAUGGAUGUGGACUCCAUGAAAUAUGCAGAGCUGAGAAGCCUCGCUAAGGAGCUCGGGCUAAAAGGGAAUAUGAAGGCCGAUAAGCUCCUGAAAGCGAUCAAGCAGCAAUAUCAACGAGAACAGGACAAUCAGGAGGAAGGACAGGGACAAGAUAACCAUGAUACUAGCGUUCAAAAGGACGAAACUGGGACACAAGACAGUGCUCAGGAGACUAAAGAGGCCCCCUGCAUGGAGGACGUUUUCAGCCCCGCUGUGUUUGUGAACACACGCAGAGGCAAAAGAAACGGUACCAAGAGGAAGAUCUCUGAUACUGCAGCAGUGACUGAGUGUGAUGACAAGCCUCCUCCAAGUGCUACAGAGGUUGACACUGAAGUGGCUGCAAUUAGUCCACCCUGUGAUGCAAGGGGUGCUAAGAAGAGACGAGUGUCCUCUACCAAGGAUUCUGACAAAAGGGAAACUGAGCCUCCUCAGGAGACUGGCAGUGAGCAGCAGCAGCAGCAGCCUGACAUUAAGGAUGAAGCACCUGUGCAGGAUGACAAAGGUCUGUUUCCAGAAAAACCACCCAAAGUGGCCAGAGCCGGUAAAAUCCCUCGUUACCAAGGACGCCAGCAGAAGAACAAGCCGGUGUUGAACCCUGUCACCCCGAACUUCAAAAAACUACAUGAGGCGCAUUUUAACAAGAUGGAGUCGAUUGACACUUAUGUCCAGCGAAAGACCAAGCAGAUGGAGACUUCCAGAAGUGCAGUUAAAGAACUGAAGAAGCUUUCAGCCAAAACUAAACUGCCGCAAGUUGAAGCCAAAGCUCAAACGAAGGCAAAUGGGAGUCGUGUUUCCUUGUUCAGCCCUGUCACGCUGAACAAGAGAGCAGCUGAGGACAGCAAAGCUCCUCCAAAAAAACCUGCAGGGAAGGAAGAUGCUCUGUUCAGACCGUCUGUCCUUUCCACUCGCAGGAUCAAUGUUCGGUUUUCAGAAGCCACUCGUGACAACGAGCACAAGAAGUCUUUGGUGAAGACGCCGGCGCGCAUGUCGCUCUGUGUGACCUCCAGCACCCCAAAAAAACAGACCGCCAAUGGAGAAAAGCCCAAAAAUGUCAAGACUUCAACUUUCUCUGCCACAAAAACUCCAGCAUUUGUUUUCACCGGCAACACAAGUACUUCAACGACCCCCGGAACACAAAAGAAGUCAAACUUUGAUCUGAAAGCGAGCCUCUCUCGUCCCCUCGGCUACAAGCCUCACGCAGGUAAACUCAAGCCGUUUGCAGACAACCAAGAAAACGUGGCAGCAAACAAGUCACUGAUUGUUAACUCCCAUCAGAAGAAUUACAAACAGCACCAAGUCCAGACAAGGGGAGAGAGGAGAGCAAAACAGGUUGAAGACCGGAAGCAGAAGAAAGAGAGUAUUCUUGGGGCAAGAAGAGGUCUCGUUUUGAUGUAAACAAUAUCGUGCUUGUUUGUAGACGUUUUGUACAGCCUGUUUCGCGCAGUGUAAAUAUUUUGUCGUCUGCAGCUUACCCUUUCAUUUCUGCAGUCUCUUUUAGUCUGUUAGGAAGCUUUCAUUUUCUGCUACUAUCUAACCUACCGUACUGUGUCUUUAAGAUUUGACCCAUGGUGUAGUGUUCACACCUUACAGCUCUGAAUGCUUUUUAUGUGUUUUUAUAGAGAAUCAAUCUCCUGUUAUGCUGCAUUUGAAACUUUCAUUUUGUUCUUAUAAUUUGAUGUGCUUUGUUUUUACCCUUUUGGAAAGACCGAUAAAAUAAUCCCGUGUCUACAUUGUCUAUUUUGUAGUUAAAAUUGCUAUCGCAGUUUAGUCUUUAUAAUAUAACGAAAUCUGUUUCACAAAAAAAAUGUUUAAAGUCACAUGAGAAGCAUUUUAUUCUCAAUUGUUCUGGUUUUAGAUCUGGUUGGUUGACAUGAACUGUUGGAGGAAAAUACAUACAGGACUUGAAACUUUUUUUGAAAAAGCAGCAAGAUGGUCUCAGUUAAUGUCCUGUUAUUAAAAGAUUUUAGAUGUCA